AUGCGUGGCCAAAGUGGUCCUUGCGUGCGAAGAACUUUGAAAGAUGCAGCAAUCCUGGCGCAUGCAGCCGCCAGCAGUGGAUCACUUGGUAUGCAUGAUGCAGCAGCAAAGCAUCGUGAGGAGCUGGAGGACAAGCUGGAGGCUGUUGAUGCCUCAGAUCCCCUCUCCGAGCUCAAGCUUGUUUGGGACACCAUACUAUUGCACCGUGACUCUCCUCAAGAAGAAGGCUUGGAUGUGGAGGAAGUGGAGGAGUUGGUGUUGGCCCACUUGGUGGCCUUUCCCGAUUUUCUUGCCGAUGAUUUGGUCAUGAACCUUUUUCGGCAGGUUCAGCUUGGGCAAGGCUUUCUUCACGCAGAGAAGCAGCACAUCAAUGUUGCUACCCUACUGGAGCAGAUGAAACCACGUUUGGACAGGCACAAGGUGACUGCAUUGAACAUAGCAAGAGAGUGCUGUACCCACCUGCAGACGCACUCCGAGACUUUGGCAUCAAAACUGUUGCUGCGAAUGGAUUUGGACGGUGAUGGCUAUAUCGGAGAAGAUGACUUUCUUAAAUGCCUAGUUCAUGCCCUUGCUGUGGAGGUCGAAAAUCUGGCCAUCUCAGCAGGGGUACAGCAGCUGCUAAAGGAAGAGGGCUUUGCGGAUGAGUUUCACCAGGCUGUGUGGGACUUGUUAGUUGCAGGGGAUCAUUUGCAAGCUUAA